AUGUCUAAACGUUUUCGGAGCAACUCAGCUACCCUUCCUGAGUCUGACCAGCGAUCAAGGUCCUCUUCCGAGCUCACGACUCCACCCCCAGACCGGACCAAGAUCCUACGGGAUAACCUGCCGGUCUCACCGGUGAUGCAAUGCUCCCUUCCACCUCAUGAAUUACUUUCGUUUGCGUCUUACGACGCCUACGAGGUCCAUUAUCUCCAGGUCCAUGUCAAUCGCUGUUCCCAGUGUGGCAGGAACUUCCCCACGGGCCAUUUUCUCAAUUUACAUAUCGAAGAAAACCACGACCCUCUUGUGGCAGCACUAAAAGAGCGUGGAGAGAAGACCUAUAGCUGUUUUGUCGAGACAUGUGAGAAGAAAUGCUCGACGCCUCAGAAACGAAGGCUGCACCUGAUCGACAGGCACCUGUUUCCUCGGUCAUACAACUUUUAUAUCGUUAAUGAUGGAAUUGAUAAGCAGACUUCCUUACUCAGAUCAAUGGAUAGUGAUAAACGCCGCCGUCGUAUCUCUGCUGCUUCUAUAUCAUCAAUUCAAGAUGGAGGAGCACGGCGGCGAAUCUCGGUGUCUCAACACUCUUUCCCCCUGGCAAUGGGUCAAAGUCCCAUGCCACAGACAAAUAAAGAUGACCCAGACGAUAUGGAUAUAGACGGCCUAGAGAAAUCUAUGUCGGCUCUCCGAUUCGUGCCUGCUAGUGUCACAAGGAACAAGAUAAAAGCGCCUCCAAGGCCUUCAUGA